CUUCGGUCAUGAGAAAAAGCUAAGAUGGCGUCUCGUUAAGAUGCACAGGAUGGCCUGAAGAGAGUGAUGUUGUUGAUCGGAAAAUGAUUUAUCACGACAGUAAUUGAGAAAGUUUGAGAUUCUCGUUUAGUAUUAAACGAACAUCAGCCACUCAUACAUUAAGCCCGUGCGGUUGGCAGAGCGGUGUGUAUGGAGAACCGAAGCUGAAAACGGGUCAACUUUGCUAGCCAACAGAACAGGACCGAGCACAGCUGGUUAGCUAACCACCAACAGAGGAAGGAGUGCGGCCACAGUCUUUAUCAUACCCCGGGACAUCGAGGUGUCUUCGGGGAAAUGGAAGUAGACGAGUUCAUCCCCCCUCCGGAGUGUCCCGUUUUUGAGCCGUCAUGGGAGGAGUUCCAGGAUCCCCUGGGCUACAUCGCCAAGAUACGUCCAAUCGCAGAGAAGUCUGGAAUCUGCAAAAUCCGACCUCCGCCAGACUGGCAGCCUCCGUUUUCAGUGGAGUUGGAAAGCUUUCACUUUACUCCUCGCAUCCAGAGGUUAAACGAAUUGGAGGCUGAGACCAGAGUGAAGCUCAACUAUUUGGACCGCAUUGCCAGAUUUUGGGAAAUUCAAGGUUCUUCUUUAAAAAUCCCACAUAUCGAAAGGCGUAUUCUGGAUCUGUACAGUUUGUCAAAGAUUGUGGCGGAUGAAGGAGGCUUUGAGCUGAUCUGUAAGGAACGACGAUGGGCUCGUAUAGCGCAGCGGCUCGGCUACCCUCCAGGGAAGAACAUCGGGUCUUUGCUGCGCUCACAUUAUGAGAGGAUUGUUUAUCCAUUCGAAAUGUUCCAGUCUGGCGCCAGACUGACGCAUUGCAAGCCAAAGCACUAUGAUGGAGAGGAUGUGGAUAAGGAGUACAAGCCUCACUCCAUCCCGCUGCGACAGUCUGUGCAGCCGUCUAAAAUGAACGGCUACGGACGCAGAGCAAACCGGUGCCAGCCUGACGGUCCAGAGGAUCUGGCCCCCCAUCCUCUCACCACUGGCUCUCAACUCAUCUCUGCGCCGGAACCAACAGAGGAAGACAUUGAGAAGAACCCCGAGCUGAAGAAGCUGCAGAUCUACGGAGCCGGACCAAAGAUGAUGGGACUUGGACUUGUAGCAAGGGACAAAGGCUUCAAGAAAAAAGAUGAUCUGCCUCAGACUGUUACCAUCAAGGAUGCCACACUUCCUGCUUCUGACGACGCUCCUGGUGACGCUCCCAUCAAACCUGAGCAUCUAGACCCAGAAGAGAAGCAAACUGAUGAGGAUUCAUCCAACCCGCUGCUUCCUCCUCUGACUGUUACAGUCAAAACGGAAGUAAAGAAAGAAGAAGUAAAGGCAGAAUACGGAGAGGAUGAUGGAUCCAAAAUGACCAUGAGGCUCAGACGAAACAUUACCAACCCUCAGUGUGUGGAUUCUUUUAUCUGUCGGAUGUGUGGCCGGGGAGAUGACGAUGAGAAACUCCUGCAGUGCGACAGCUGUGAUGAAAACUAUCACACGUAUUGUCUCCUACCUCCGCUCACUGAUCCUCCAAAAAGCAAGUGGCGAUGCCCAAAGUGUGUCGCUGAAGAGUGCAAGAAACCGUCGGAAGCCUUUGGCUUUGAGCAAGCAACAAGAGAGUACACUUUGCAGAGUUUUGGAGAAAUGGCCGACUCGUUCAAAGCCGAUUACUUCAAUAUGCCUGUUCAUAUGGUUCCCACUGAACUCGUGGAGAGGGAGUUCUGGAGGUUAGUCAGCAGUAUUGAAGAAGACGUGACCGUCGAGUAUGGAGCAGACAUUCACUCCAAAGAGUUCGGGAGUGGCUUCCCUAUGAAUAACGGGAAGAAGGAACUCACGAAAGAGGAGGAGGAGUACGCGCGCUCUGGCUGGAACCUAAACGUGAUGCCUGUUCUGGAGCAGUCGCUCCUCUGCCAUAUUAAUGGGGACAUCUCUGGGAUGAAGGUGCCUUGGCUUUACGUGGGCAUGGUGUUUUCAACGUUCUGCUGGCACAUUGAGGACCACUGGAGCUACUCCAUCAACUACCUGCACUGGGGUGAACCCAAGACUUGGUAUGGAGUUCCCUCUGCAGCAGCCGAACAGCUUGAAGAUGUUAUGAAGAAGCUGACGCCAGAGCUGUUUGAGUACCAACCCGACCUCCUGCACCAACUCGUCACCAUCAUGAACCCCAAUAUCCUCAUGGCUCAUGGUGUACCGGUGGUACGCACUAACCAGUGUGCCGGCGAGUUUGUGAUCACCUUUCCUAGAGCCUACCACAGUGGCUUCAAUCAGGGAUAUAACUUUGCUGAAGCAGUCAACUUCUGCACUGCAGAUUGGCUCCCUGCUGGUCGACACUGUAUUGAGCAUUACCGCCGCCUGAGGAGGUAUUGCGUGUUCUCUCACGAGGAGCUCACCUGUAAAAUGGCUGCAUGUCCAGAGAAACUGGACCUUAACCUGGCUGCAGCUACGCAUCGGGAGAUGUUCAUCAUCGUUCAAGAGGAGAGAAAACUGCGCAAGAAUCUGAUGGAAAGGGGCAUCACAGAAGCAGAGCGAGAAGCUUUUGAGCUGCUGCCUGAUGAUGAGAGACAGUGUGAUAAAUGUAAGACGACGUGCUUCCUCUCCGCUCUGGCCUGCUCCAACUGUCCCGAACGACUCGUGUGUCUCUAUCACACUCAGGAUCUGUGCAACUGCCCCACCGAAAAGCUCUACCUCAGAUACAGAUACACCCUAGAUGAGUUGCUGGCCAUGCUCCAUCGAUUAAAGGUGAGGUCGGAGUCCUUUGAUUCCUGGGCCAACAGAGUAAAAGAGGCACUUGAACAGGAGGAAGGACACAAAAUAGAUAUUCUUGACUUGGAGAAGUUGAAGACGGAAGCGGCAGAGAAACGGUUUCCCGACAACGAGCUUCUCAGGAAACUCAACUCUGUUUUCAGAGACGUCGCGUUCUGCCAUCAGAAGAGUGACGAGCUCCUCAGUGACACAAAGACUGGCGAUGAUAGGAUGACUUUGGCUGAGCUGAAGUCCCUGCUUGAGAAAAUGCAAAACCUACCAUGUGUGGUUAAACACUUAAAGGAAGUGCAGGCGGUCUUGCAAACAGUUGAGGAUUUCCGAAAACAGGCCGAAGUCCUGGUCGACAACAAGGACUGGAGGAAAGAGUCGCCUCCUCCUGAGCAGCUGCAGAGUCUGCUGGAGGACGGGGGCAAGCUGCCCGUCGUGGUGCCCGAGUGCAAUUUACUCCAGGGCCUAAAGGCGCAAGGCCACUGGCUGGAGGAGGUGAGGCGCACGCUGGGCACAGGAGGAGGGGAGAAGCACGAGGUGACGCUGGAGGUGCUGAGGAACCUCAUGGAGGCAGGCUGCAACGUGGCUCAGAGCGUAUCCGUGGAGACGGCCAUGGCGGAGCUUCAGGAGCUGCUCACCAUCGCCGAGCGCUGGGAGGAGAAGGCACAGAUCUGCCUGGAACAGAGGCAGAAGCAUCCCCUCUCCACCCUGGAGGCGAUCGUGAACGAGGCUCAGCUUAUUCCCGUCAAGCUGCCCAACAUCGAGGCUCUGCGGGGCUGCCUGACACGCGCGCGGGCCUGGGUCACAGACCUGGAGGAAAUCCAGAACGGGGAGCAUUACCCAUGUCUGGACGACCUGGAGGGCCUGGUGGCGAUUGGGAGGGACUUACCGGUCUUAAUGGAGGAGCUGAGGCAGCUGGAGCUGCAGGUGACCAGCGCUCACUCCUGGAGGGACAAGGCCACCAAAACCUUCCUGAAGAAAAGCAGCCAGCACAGUUUACUGGAGGUUUUGUGUCCGUGUGUGAAAAGGAGAGAGCGGCGGACUGAGCCGGAGCCGCUGGACGAAACUCUGGACGACUCUGAUUCCAACACUUUGGGUCUCUCUGCUCAGGCGCUGAGGGACCCGGCAGCUAUCGUUCUGGCUUUCAAGGAAGGGGAGCACCAGGAGAAGGAGGCGCUGCUGAGGCUACAGAAACUGAACUUGUGUAAAUCUGGACUCGGCUCGGCGAGCUGUAAGGAAAACGGGUGCUGGGACGAGACCAUGGACACGGACACGUCUUGCCGUUCUGAGGACUCUGUGAAGGAGACCAGAAACGGCAGCUGCAGCGCCGCCGCUCAGUCGGUGUGCGUGUGCGCCGGGCCGCCGCGCGCGCCUCAGCUCCGCUGCCAUCUGUGCAAGGACUGGUUCCACGGCGGCUGCGUUUCGUUCCCCUCCCUCCUGCCGCCCUCCAGUCCACAAAGCAACCGACUCUGCUGGUGGGACUGGGACACCCGCUUUUUGUGCCCUCAGUGUCAGCGGUCGCGCCGCCCUCGUUUGGCCACCAUCUUGGCGCUGCUGGUGGCGCUCCAGCGGUUACCUGUGCGCCUGCCGGAAGGAGAGGCUCUGCAGUGUCUGACGGAGCGAGCCAUCACCUGGCAGGGCCGGGCCAAGGAGGCGCUGGAGAUGCCGGAGCUGCAGCGAGCGCUUCAGGAGCUGCAGGAACUGGCAGAGAAAGAGGAGCAGAAGGAGAAGGACGCAGAAGGGAACUCGGUUAUCGUCUUAUCAGACUCUGAGGGAGGAGAAGGAGAGGACGGCGUUAUCGACUUAACGGAGGACAGUUCACCCAUAAAGAAGACAAAGGAACUCGAUGCUUCACAGGCUGAGUGUCAAAAUGGCAUCAGCAAGAAGUCAAAUGUUACAGGCGUGGAGUCUCUGCUGCCCCUGCUGCCUCUGCUCAAAGGCCGAGUGGUGACUCUGUCCCCCGGCGCCAGGGAGCAGCUGGAGAAGCUGCAGCUGGAAGGAGACCUGCUGGAGGUCACCUUGGACCAGACGUACACCAUCCACAGAGUCCUGCAGGCCGCCUCAGACCCUCCCAGAGAAACUCUGCAGACGCUCAUUCAGAUCGAGCUUGAGGAGCAGAGGGGGGCGAGGGCGAGCCGCGGACGACCCAAGGACAAAAGGAAGAGAAAGGGUCACCGAGGCAACAGCGCGGACGCAGCAGGGCAUCAACCCCAGGACGUCUCCCAGUCGAAGAAAACCUGCCCUCUGAAAAACAGCCCAGCUCCUCCUCGCUUAAACGUCGAAAUCCAUCCAGAGAUUUUGUGAUGCAGCCAACGUGGGAGCUGCGUGCAAAAAAACCUCUGUCCAGGAAAUUUGAGAAGCAGAACUCUCCGUGCCAGAAACAGUGUCAAGUUAUAGAAAGAUGCAGGACAUCCCCCCCGUCCCCCUUUCUCCUCCUCCAUUUACCCCGACGCCGCUUCGUCCCUCACUCAUGUGGUCAGACACUAACAGAGAAAUGACUGUUCUUCUGCACUCCACCGUUGCAUCAAUAACUCAGCAGUAUCUCGCUCAUUUUUAUUAUUAUUAUUUCGUCACAAACUCUGACCUGAACAUUUCUGUCCAGACUGUUGGACCGAUGCGAGACUUGCCGUUAAAGAAGCUUCUUUGGUUUCAAGUUCUCCGAGGUCAGUCGGUUUUGCUUUGUACUACUCCCCACGUUGCUAAACGCUAGAUCAGUCUCAGGACCAACAGCAUCACUUUCACUUCCUUCGAGCGCUCAUGUUGACCUUGGAUAAGCUAAUUUAAACUGUUUUUUGGGCCUGAAUCCUGAUGCUGGGUGCAGGAUUUAAGACUGCUGACCUGAGACAAACGGCACCAUGGUUACACAUUCUUUACUUUUUUUUUUAGUUGGAUUUAAUCUUGUGUUUGAAGCUGUUCCUAGGAGAUGUGCAUUUUCAACACCGUGAGUAAAUUUUGGGAAGUGUUUUAAAAACAGGCAUUAAUGUUUUUGGUGCUACUUUUCCAGAAUAAAUAUAUAUGUACCUCUUGGCUUUAUCUUUCCAUCCUUACCUUCUGCUCAAUGCUUCGUUUUUGUAGAUGCCAUCCUUUUUGACUCCAUGAUGUAUUCCUCUCAGUCUGAUCCACCACCUCAUUAUUUUCACUUUGCAAAAUAAGGUUACUUAAGUGUAACUCACCUGGUCUCAAUUUGUUUUGUUUAUGAGCUCAAAUGACUAUAUUAUUAUUAUUAUUAUUGUUGAUAUUGGAGACACAAAGUUGUCGUGAGUUUGUGUAUAAACUUUUCAUUUUACUGUUGCCUUUGUUUCUUUUCACUCUUGUUAGGAUAAAAUAAAAGUUUAGAAUUG